UUGAUAGAUGUUUUCACAUUAUUGUAUGACAUUGUGGUAUGGAUGGAUGUUGCUAUAUAUCUUGUUCCAAUAAGGACAUUUAUUUUGCUAAUGGAAUAAAGGACCAUUUGAGGAAUGGGCACUAUGACGUCAUCAUUUCAAGUAACACAUGUCUACAAUUUCAUUACCAAACUUCGAGAGGUCAGAUUCUUGACAGUAAAUUUUUUAUCGCCAUAGUAACAUCCGAGUUUAUUAAUCAACAAAUCCACUUGUAUGAAUUGGCCCUAGCUUUGGAUCUUGGGAAGAAGACUGUCAUUAUACAACAUGAACUGGCUCGGAUCCCGGACCCUUUUCCAGAACUACAAUCAAUUCAGUGGAACGAUGAUGUGACCAUUUUGUCGGAAAAUGUGUGUCAUGUACUUCAAGACCCGGUAUACGAGUUUCCGGUGUAUAUCGAUUCCCUUGAUGGUGACGCCUUUAAGCGGUACAUCUGGAAGUUUGAGGAAACCCAGAUAGCGAAACAGCUGUCUCCACACGUUAGAUCUGGAGAAUAUGCCUCUACUGAACUACAACUGAAGGACAUCCAGACAACAUUGAUCACUCUGUGUGAGGGUAUAAACAAAAUACAGAGUUCACCGGUGCGUAAAAGAAAAGUCAGUAAACAGCAGUUUCCCCGUGACAUCCGCCGAGUGGCAAGGAGGUACCAGGAUGUUAUAGCGUACCCUAUAAUCAGACAGCUCGGCCGCUACUUGGACCUGGAGGAUGACGAGUUGGAUGAAGUUGAGAGAUUUUCAGAAUACGGAACCAAGGAAGUAUUCUGGCAGACGAUACGUCUGUGGCUGGAAAAGACGGAAUCCAAAGAGUUAACUGUAGGAACAAUAAUCAAAGCACUGAGAGAGUGCGAUGUAGAUCUUAAAGGAAAGCAAAUGUCCAACGUCCAUAAAAAGAUUCUGAAAUCGAAAAUGCCAUUCCUAGUCGAUAACCUUCAGCUAGAGCCAAUGUUGCCCAGCCUGGUAUCCCAAAAUAUUUUAUGUGAGGUCACGAAGGCUUACGUCACGGCUCCAAGAACAGUGGACCAAAAAGUAAAUCGACUUGUGGACGUCCUGACGACAAAGGAGGAUGGGCUUUCUAGUUUUUGUCAUGUGUUACAAGAGUCAGGAUACAAAUUUGUCGCCGAUGAAAUAAAAGCUUUUCCUGAUCACCAUCAGACUCCGGAGACACCUAUUGCGGUCCUGAGACCUACGAGUUGUAGCUUUUCAUCUACAGUCUCAGAUUCCGACUCGUACGUUAAACAUCUAAUUCAUGAAUAUCGUCUGUCUCAUAGUAGUAGCACGAGCUCGGUGUUCAGCAGACGAGAUUCUACGUCAUCAACGAAAACUGUUGCCAUAGCACCGCUUUUUGUCAGUCUUUCAAGCCACACUGACAAACAUAUCAACAAAAAAGAAGCAAACACUUCUGAAGCUAAAUCAAGUGAAAAAAGUGUUUUCAAGAACUCAUCUAAUUUCAAAAUGAAAGGAAGGAAAGGAAAAGGGAAACAAACAUUAAGCUGUAUCAACAGCUGUGUUUUAUCUUGA